AUGUCUACCGCAUGUCUCGAUUUGCAGUUUGUGAUUAGAUACAUUUCUGAUAGAAUCGGCAAUUAUGACAAGCCAGAAUGUCUGCUCCAGUGGUGCAAAGAAGUACUGCGCGAGAAACGGACCCACAAGAUGUUCUAUUCGGGUCUUAUGAGUAUCAAGGUAUCGCAAAAACUCAACAGAGUCGAGACGUUGGAAGGCUUUUCGCUAAUGGAGAAACUACAGCUGGUCUUUAUCUUCAGCCGACCAGUCAGUGACGAAUUUGUGCAAAUGCUGAAAGAAGCCAAAUUUCAAAUCGAACAAGACGGAGAUAAUAAGAUCAGCCGCUUUUCAACAGAGGAUGGAAGUGUUGUUCGAUCAUCCGAUCACCACCCAUCUGUAAAGUAUUUCAAAGGAGUCCUCUGUCUCAACACUCCAUUGCAGAACCCAGCUUCAGAAGUCCCACAAAUCAAGGAGAAACCGAAAUCAAUCAGAGCAAAACUAGAAGAAACGGAUGCGGAAAUCAAACGAGAACCAAUUGACAAAAAGAUGGCACAAGAGAAAGAGCAGAAAGAUGUGGAAAAUGAUAUCCCAAGCCCAGCGGUUCGAAAGAUCAAGGAGGAACCAAUUGAGAAUGUACCAAUUGAACCAAAACAGGAAGAAAAGUGUGCGAAAGCCAAAGAAGAGCCAAUUGGAAAUAUAACAAUGAAGCAGGAGCCAAAGCAGGAAGUAGAUGAGUUUAUGGCCAUUGGUCAAGAUUUUCGACAAACCGCAUUCAACGGACGUAUCAAUUAUGAUGAGCUAGAUGAGCAGGAGUUUGUCCAUCCAGGAUUCCCACAAAAUUCAAAACCGGACACGGCUAGACCACAGAAAAGGCGCCAAAGUUCAACAAAAGUCAGCGCAAAGCUCGUGAAAACAGAACACGUAGAAGAAGAUGCUACAUCCUCGGAUACUAUCGCAACGUCAUUCAAUCAGAAGCUUGUGAAAGUUGAAAAAGCCGAGAAGACCCCUACUUCGUCAGCGAAAACUUCCGUUCAGUUAAGCAAUCGAAAAUGUCACAUAUCAACUAUUCCGAAAAAAUCGGUCGCAGCCUCAUCGGAUUCUAUUGAUAUGUCAGGCAAUCAGAAGCUUGUAAACGCUGAAGUAUCAGUGGAAACGUCAUCAAAUUCUUCAUCAACUCUUGAUGCUUCGUCUUUGGUGGAAACAAAGAACGCUUCUCCACAGCCACCGCCUCCAGAAGUCAAGUCAACGGCCAUGGCUCCAGAUGAGCCAAAAAUUAGUGUCAUGUCUAUUGGAACUCACAUUGAAACAAUCGCAGAGUACUAUGAACUCGAGAGUCUUAAAGAGAAAGCUUCGCGAGGUAUUGAAAAAAUUAAAUGUUCCGGAGAAGACAAGACUCUCCCCUUUAAAAAAUUCUGUUCCAUGAUCGUCGGUUUGUUGAUUUGUAUUGAAGAAAACCUAAUCCGUCAAACCGAAACGUCAAUUCCUCUAAAAUCAAUUCUCAAGCACCUUCAGCUCUACCUGAUUCGCCCACUUGGAUCAGAAGAAACUUUGGAAUUGAUUUCACAAAAACUCCUAGAAUUCAAAAAUAGUGCUGACGGGGUCCCACCAAAUCUACUCUCCGAAUGUCUAACCAAUUUAUUGAUUUCCACGGGAUUCUAUGAUCAGCUGAAUUAA